AUGUCAAAGACGAUUGACAGAAAUCGGGCUAAAGUGAACGUAAAUCUGUUUAGAAGCAGUGCAGAUGGGCACUCCAUCGAAAAAAUGAUGAAGCAGAACCCCAUGGCCAAAAAGAAUGUCAUUCACUCUGAAUCAAUUAUAGAGGAUGAAGACGAAGAUGAAAACUACAUUGAAGUGGAUGCUUACCCCGACCUGCCUGACAACCUUAAGAAGGAUUUCGACAUUUUUGAAUCAUCUUCAACUAGGCUUGUUGAUAACAAAUGGUAUUGGGUUGAAGUCUCCAGGUGA